AUGGCCGCGGCUCCUCAGGCACCGGGGAGGGGCUCCGUUCGGAAGACUAGACCCUUAACCGUAAAGACCUCGCUGAACAACCCUUACGCCAUCUGCUGGAGUGCGCUCGAGAGAGAACACAUGCACUUCAUACUGCAGACGCUUGAAGACAGAUUUAAAUCUCUUGGGCUUCGGAAGAUGGAGGAUAAGAAGAAAAGGAGAAAGCAGUUUUUAAAAAAACCAAGCCCAGACAGGUGUGGCACAGAGGUUGAGAAGAGCGAAGGCCUGAAGGAGAAACCGCCAGAAGGUAGCGAGCAGGGGUCAGGGUGGACCCCCGUGGACGUCAGGAAGCAGCUCGCCAUUGGCAUCAAUGAAGUCACCCGCGCUCUGGAAAGGAACGGGCUGCUGCUGGUCCUGGUGUGCAGGUCAGCCAAGCCCGCCAUCCUCACCUCGCACCUGAUUCAGUUAAGUCUGAGCCGGGCGGUUCCCGCUUGUCAGGUUCCCCGGCUCAGCGAGAGGCUCGCACCGGUCAUCGGCCUGAAGUGCGUCCUGGCCUUGGGGUUCAAAAAGACCACCACAGCCUUUGACGCUGAAGUCAGAGCUAUAAUUCCCCGAGUACCCAGCUUACACGUGCCCUGGCUUCAAGGCAGACCCGAGGACUCCGGGGCAAGUUUAGACACUGCGUCCUCAGAAAGCCGAGACAGAGAGGUUUUGGACACGUCCUUUGAAGACCUCGCUAAACAGAAAAGAAAGCUUGUUGGAAGUCAGCAGGCUGUGGUGUUACAACCCCUUAAAAUAAAGAAACUGAUUCCAAACCCCAAUAAGAUAAGGAAACCUCCCAAAGGUAAAAAAACUACCUCAAAGUAA